CAAAUUCAUCAUAAUACGAUACAAUCGUGGUAGAGUGAAUCGACAGUAGAGUCGAUAGAUAGACCAUACGAUAGAACCAUUCCGUGGGUGCUUCGGACAGUCGUUGUUGGAGUGAUAUUUUGGAGCCAUACGUGGAUAGAUUUACUAAAUUUGACUUCACUCAAGCUUCACUCUCUUUCCUGCCUUUCCUGCCUUUCCUGCCUUUCCUGGCCUUCUCAACCUUCUCAACCUUCUUAACUUUCUUUCCUCUCUCCUCCCUCGUCAUCAAAAUAUGUAGUGCGAUCGCCAAGCAUUUUUUUCUUCGCAGCACCCAAUCAUUGCAUGCAAUCCCGCAAGACCAUCCAUCAUUCUUUUUGGCCUUUGGGCCUUUUUUGGUCCCGGUUCCCGAUAGCCCAAAACCAAAACCAAAACUAAUCAAGCAAACCAACAACCCCAUUCAAAGGAACGAAUUGGAAGAGACCAAACAACCAACAGAUCCUUUACAUAACGAAGCCUUUUUGAUACAUUCAUAUUAUCAUCCACCAUCACUUAUUGACUCUUGAUUAAGUUUUCUCGUGCUCCGCUGAGUCCUGGAUGCGGGAGAAGUUCAUUUAUAACUCAUCCACACCCUCUUGUACCAUCUACCCACCCUACACACAUCCCAUCGUCUUUGAAGCACACCUGCCUGCCUUUCAGGAAGCUACAACCUAUACGUUCUGGGACGAGCCGCUUCCGUCCCCCCACGGCUCUCUAGUCGACACAACUCUGGUAAUACGUCGAGAGUUGCUUUCGCCAAUAUACCUAGGCACUCGGGACGGUCUUCUCGAUAAUCGCGGUGUUGACGGAACGGAUCUCUAUCUCGACGAAGACCUUGGCUUCAACGCAAGAUCGACUCAGCCUCAACGCUAGGAAUUACUUAAUCUUCAGUAAAUACAGCUCAUCACAGUUUACCACCUUUCCGGCACAAAGCCUUCUUUGAAAGCCAUACGAACUUGCUAUUACGACUGCAUACGGCUGUCUCAGAACCCCACGGCUUGUCCACCUCAGUAAUAUCACCUUACGGCAACCAUACAAAUAAAGUACACGAUAUUCGCCCAAGACAAUCAAGGCAGUGUUCGGCGAUAUAUUACAGUUCCUCAUCAACACCAAAGCAAAUCUCCUACCUCUCUGGCUCAUAUUGACAGCUGAACGGCAGCGACAUCUCUGACUCAUACCAAAUUACACGGAGUUGAUACCCGAUAAAGAUCUGCUGGUCUCGCAUAUUUGAACUUGGAACGAUGGGAAACCAACCCUCUAAAGGUUCGGGGUCUGCAACCCCGCGGAGAAGUGCAUCUCAAACUUCUCUUGACAGAGGAUCGGAUAAUUUAUCGUCUUAUCCUUCAUUCAGCAAAGCGGAUACCAAGGAAUCCAACAAAUCAUUUAGAGGCGCCCUUCGAUCAAAAAUACCAGGCUCCAAGGACAGCCCAAGAAACUCGAUUGCUGGAAUAGGUAGCCUUGUAGAUUCAAACGACAAGUCCGAUGUUGCUUCAUUGAAAUCGGGAAAAAGUGCUAAAUCGGGCUGGACAUCAUCUGUACCAGGCUCACCAACAUUACCUCAAGACUCCUCGGAAGACAUUCCUUCACCAGCCGAUGAUCUCAAACCUCCUCCAUCGCCCGUUCAAUCUCCUUCGGUAAAAUCUGGACAUCAUGAUGUCAGCGCUGCACAACGUAGUGGUGAAGUAGAUCAUGUUUCCGACCAACCCCCUUCCGGCACAGUCAAUCCUUACGCAGUUGGAGGUCGUGCCGGGCAAUCUAUACUGGUUAGAAGAGCAAAUGAAAUUAAUCCUGUUGACACAGCUACCUUGCUAGCUGCUCCCAUGAAUGGAUCUAAUGAAACCGCACUCUCAACGUCAAACUCUGCGCAGAUUUCUAUGGGUAGUUUGAAAGAUAAAGAUCUUGACGAUUAUAUUUCACGCCUUUUGGAUGCAGGAUACCAGGGAAAAAGCACAAAGGGAGUUUGUCUUAAGAGUGCGGAAAUCAACUCAAUUUGCCUUCGAGCGAGAGAGAUUGUAUUAGAGCAACCGCCACUGAUCGAAUUGGAAGCCCCAGUUAAGAUUGUAGGUGAUAUACAUGGGCAAUACUCGGACCUCAUACGCAUGUUCGAGAUGUGUGGAUUCCCUCCCUCUUCAAACUUCUUAUUUCUGGGUGACUAUGUCGAUCGGGGAAAGCAGUCCCUUGAGACAAUUUUAUUGCUCUUGUGCUACAAAAUUAAGUAUCCAGAGAACUUCUUUUUGCUAAGAGGUAAUCACGAAUGCGCAAACGUUACUAGAGUCUAUGGAUUCUAUGAUGAGUGUAAACGAAGAGCUAAUGUCAAAGUGUGGAAGACGUUUGUAGAUGUCUUUAAUUGUCUACCUAUCGCCGCAAUUGUCGCAGGGAAAAUCUUUUGUGUUCAUGGCGGCUUAUCUCCCGCUCUUAGCCAUAUGGAUGAUAUCAGAAAUAUUGCUCGACCAACGGAUGUACCUGACUAUGGAUUACUCAACGAUCUUUUGUGGUCCGAUCCUGCAGAUCAGGAAGCAGAUUGGGAGCAGAGCGAGAGAGGCGUUAGUUACUCCUUUGGUAAGAAGGUCAUUCAGGAGUUUCUCUUGAGACAUGAUUUUGAUUUGGUCUGUCGGGCACAUAUGGUUGUUGAAGAUGGUUACGAAUUUUUUGAAGGUCGAGUCCUUGUUACGGUGUUCUCUGCGCCAAAUUAUUGUGGCGAGUUCGAUAAUUAUGGAGCCGUCAUGAGUGUUUCGACAGAAUUACUUUGCAGCUUUGAACUGCUGAAGCCAUUGGACUCCAGCGCGUUGAAGAGCCAGAUGAAAAAGAGCCGUAACAAACGAAAUAGUAUGGUCAACAGUCCUCCGCCGACUGGAACCUUUGCUCCACAGAGCGUAUAAUGAACUGUCGGAUAAUUUUCAGACAAAUAUAGACAAAAAGAUUGCUCUGGAUGGAACACCCUAUACAUUCGACGAAGAAAACCCAAAACAAGAUGCGAUAUCAACAGUGACGGGGCAUGCCAUGAUUUACGCGCUUACAGAGGUCAUGCAAAAGUGGCCAAGUACAUACAGGACUAAAACGCGGCCCAGAAGAGUUUUCAGUCACGUUAAAAUGUCUCAAAGGUCAAGACUCGUUUUUCACGACAUCGAGAAGGUUAAGGUAGAUAGUGGAAGCUGGAGGCUGGAAGCUUCCUCUAGAUGUUAUAUGCACACAUUUGAUUUAUUUUCUUUUCCUGCGGAUAGUUUCUUGUCCGCGAUAUUAACAGGCUCUCCCCUUUCUCGAAAGUACGACAUGGAAACGGAUACAUUUUAUAUUGGCGUUAUUUGUUUUGGUACGUCUCGAACGGGGGACAGAGGAUCACAAACAUAAACUCUACUUUUCUUUCACCUCUGUAGAGUACACAAUCGCUGUUUAUGAACAUACAGAUGGGUAGGUGGGUGAUGAAUGGUAGGUAUGUAUGCUGGGUUACUGGUGUAUCUGGUAUUCAUAAUAUGUGGGGCUGAGGGUAGAGUAGAACUCAGUGGCAUCGUUGGAGCGGGAGUUGUUGAGAGGGAUGAAAUGGCAUAGAAACACGGUAGUUCUUGAGCACGGUCUUGAUUAAAUCAACUUACUCAUCAAUUGAUGCAGUCGAUAGAUGACGAAACGAUAUGAGAUUUUAAGCGUUCUUCAAUUUCUGAUCUUUAUACA